AUGUCUAAUUAACCAUUUCAAGUAUAUUUGAGAAUCAAACCUUUGUUGGAAAGCAGGUAAAAUGUGAAUACUUAUUAGUUUAGUAUAGAAACUUUAAUUGAAGAUUUGAAUGACAAUAAAAUUGUAAUUAGAAAAGAUGGUAAAAAUAGUAAAUCCUUUGUUUUUGAUAAAAUAUUCAGUGGUGUUCAAAAUAAUGAGGAUAUUUUUGAUCAAUCAUUAAGAGUAUAUAUAUAUUAAAAAUAACAGCAUAAUCUGGAUCACUUUGUUGAAGGUUAUAACACAACAAUAUUAGCAUAUGGUAUAACUGGUUCAGGUAAAACUCAUACAAUUUUUGGAAACGAGAAAGAUGAAGGAUUGUCAUUUAAAUGCAUUAAUUAUCUGGUGAACAGAAUGAAAUACAUGAGGUUAAUAAACUCGAUAUUAUUGAUUAGUCCUGAAGCUAAUGUCUAAAUGGAGAUGAGUUUUAUAGAAGUUUACAAUGAAACCAUAAGAGAUCUCAUGUCAGACUAACCAAAACCUCUUAUGAUUAUGUAAGACAAUUAAAAGGGAUCUUAUAUUUAAGGUUUAUAAGCAAUUAAAAUUAACAGCAUAAAUGAUGUAUUGUUUAGUAAUAUAUAAACAAUUAGGUGAAAGAAGGCAUAAAUAUUGCAAAUUAAAAUCGAAGUUUGGCUUAAACUAUAUACAAUGUUUAUUCAUCAAGAUCACAUGCAUUAAUACAAUUUAAUUUAUCUUAUUGUUUUGAAGGGUAUUGUCAUAUAUUUCUUAUCAUUUAGGUAAACCAUAACACCAAAACUUUUUAUUGUUGAUCUUGCAGGAUCAGAGAGGGUUUAUUAAGAUUAAAAGAGUAAGAAUUAAUAGGAGGGUUCCAAUAUCAAUAGAUCUCUUUUGGCUUUGAGCAAUUGUUUGACUAUUUUAUCAGAUAAAUCCAAGAAAAAUUAACAUAUUCCAUAUAGAAAUUCAAAAUUAACUAGAUUAUUACAAGAUUCUUUAGGUGGCAAUACUAGAACAAUAAUGAUUUCUUGCAUAUAAUAAAAUAAAUGUCAAUAUGAUGAAAUAUUAAACACACUCUAAUAUAGUAGUAGAGCUACUCAAAUAAAAAAGUAAGUUUAAAAGUCUUUGCAUUAAUAAAUAAGUGAAGAAAAGAUCCUUAUUCUACCUAAUAUUAGUGAUUCUGAAAUGAGUACUAAACAACUGUAUUUAACCAAAAUCUAUAAUGACAUUUAUAGUAAUAUUGAAGAAUAUCAUGAAAUUAAUAAUUCACUUAUUGAAAUACAAAAUAAUAUUCUUUAAAAUCAAUAUCAAAUAGAGGAAAUUUAUUCAAUGAGUUUGUAAAACAAUUAAAAUUCAAUUAAUGAUGAUUAAAUGUAUCAUAAUCUUAUGAUAGCCUAAAAAUAAAACUAAGAAUUAGAAUAAUAAUUACAAAAUGCAUUAAAAGUUAAUUUAAAAUAAAAACAACUUUAGAAAUCCUUAUUGCUUUAAAUAACUGAAGAAUAAUAAUAAUAUAUUGAUUAUUGGAAAUUAAAAUAUGAGGAAUCAUAAAAAGAAAUAUAAGAAUUAAAAUAAGUUCUGUAAUCUAAAGUAUUAUUAUUAUAUAUAUAUCCUAUAGAAUGAUGAUAUACAAUCAAAAGAUUCUCAAAUUUAGUAGUAAUAGUUAUUUUUAGAUUAAAUAAAGACAAAAAAUCCAUCAUUGUAUACAACUAAUAAUGACUCUGAUUGUUCAUAUCCUUCAUCAUUUGCCUCAUCUACAAGUACUUCGUAAAUCAAAAAGAAAUCAUCGUUAACUCAUUUAAAUACUCAAAACACUUUAUCUUAAUAGUCUUAAUUAUUUGACAUGAUUGAUCGUCCAAGAUUUUCAAAUUUAUCUCAUAUUAAAUAAAUAUUAGCUUCAAGAGAGCGUUCUCCAGUAAACUCAAUAUUUAGAUAAUCUCCAAUAAGAUCCCCUCUUAGAAAGAAACCAUCAAUUCGAAAUAUAAGUAAGAAAAUUAUUUAUCUAAGCUUCUAUAUCGAAAGUAGAGUAAUCAGAAAUCUCACAGAUUUCCUCAAUAAAAAAGUCUAGACUUAUAAAUGAUCCACAAAUAACCACCAUCAACUUAUAUGGAAGUUAGUAUAUCAAUUUAAUAGACAAAGAAAAUAUUUCAUGA